AUGUCAAUUGAUCAAUGUCAACAAUUAUACAUGGAUGCAACUUUUCGCACAGCCCCACGACCAUACGAGCAAGUUUUCACUAUACUUGGCGAGUACUACGGACGAGUAUUGCCACUGGCCAUCGUACUUAUGACAAAUAGGGCUAUUGGCCAUUUUUGGCAAGUGUUGCAAGUUCUCCAGCGUAAAAUUCGGCGUGCGACUGGAAGUGAAUGGGAACCCGAGGCAAUUGUAUGCGAUUUUGAGCAAGCCCUAAUCACUGCUAUCCAGACGGAACUACCUAACACCAGAAUAGAGGGAUGCUAUUUUCAUUUUAACCAGUCUCUCUGGCGCCAUGUCAAAGAUCUUGGUUUGACCCGGGCCUAUCGAAACCACGAGCGUGUGAAGAAGCUCAUUAGAAAAGUAAUGUCCAUCGGUUUUUUGCCAACAGCCAUCGUGAGAAAUAACUUUGCAUUACUGCGCACAGAAAAUAGGACACGGCGAUUGUUUAGGAGAUAUCCAGGUUUGGUGGAGUUUUUCAACUACGUAUUCAACAACUACAUCAAUGGAAACUUUCCUGUAACUUUGUGGAAUGUGUACGAUCGUGACAUGGAUUGCCGUACAAACAAUAACGCUGAAGGUAAUUGCAGUUGAUUUAUCAAUUAUUGUGAUUCGGUUUUCGCAUGAUAUGUAGAAUUAUCAAGCCGAAGUUUGUGUUAUCAACGUAGCCUAAGGUUGAGCUUAGUAACACGAACCGGAACAGAGGUCAUGAUAAUUCUCCAUAUCAAUAAUUGUUUUAUUAUUUAUUUAAAUGAUGGAACAGCCAAUAUAUUUACGUGUAUUCACAAUUCUUCAGUACUUCGACAGUCCUCAUGACGGCACUAUUUGUGUUUGAGAUGGCAGCAAAAAGACGAAAGUCUGAUAUCUCUAAAGUGAUUCUCAUUAAAAUCUUGUCGUUCAUAUGGGCGUGAUUGCUAAUGUGUUUCCAUGACAACCAUAUAAAAAUAACAAUUAUAUUGAAUCAACUCUGAGAUACAAACAGACUUUCAUGUUUUUGGUACCAUUCCAAGAACUACAAAAGUGGCAGCGUAACUCAAAACUCAAGACAUGAAAAACUGUAUAUAACUGCCUAUUUAUAUUCAUGCACGUUUGUCCACGUAUAUAUUACUUGCAAUUGUUCAAUUUAGUGGUUUUAUUAUUAAGGCUUUCAUCGCGCUUGGAACAACCGUGUGCAAGUGCGCCAUCCCAACUUGUGGAUCUUUAUAAGGCAUUUGAAGGAUCUUCAGGCUCAAACCAAUCAAGGCAUCCGUUCUAUGGAUAACGGUGGGCAACCCACACGAAGGCGUCGCCGCUGGCAACGGUUAGAAAAUCAACUUCAGAGAUUGAAGACCGACUACAUUAAUGGAGUCAGAGAUGUUCAGCGUUAUUGGAAUGCAGUAUCGCAUCUAGUAACUACAUUUUAG